CUCACAAUAACUCUUAUAUGCGGCUAUACCUCUUUCUUAAUUCAAGGUUGGCUUUGCAGUGACGGAGAGCAUAGAGAGAGAGAGAGCAGUGGAGGCGGCGGAUUUGCUACUACUUCCCCCACAAAAUGGCUAGAGGUUUGAAGAAGCAUUUGAAGAGGCUCAAUGCCCCUAAGCAUUGGAUGCUGGACAAACUUGGUGGUGCAUUUGCUCCAAAGCCUUCAUCUGGACCUCACAAAUCCAGGGAAUGCCUGCCUUUGAUCCUUAUCUUGCGUAACCGUUUGAAAUAUGCUCUCACAUACCGUGAGGUCAUUUCCAUAUUGAUGCAACGACAUGUUCUGGUUGAUGGCAAGGUUAGGACAGAUAAGACAUAUCCUGCAGGUUUCAUGGAUGUUGUUUCAAUCCCUAAAACCAAUGAGAAUUUCCGCCUCCUCUAUGACACUAAGGGCCGUUUCCGUCUGCACUCAAUCAGAGAUGAUGAGGCAAAGUUUAAGCUCUGCAAAGUCAGGUCUGUGCAGUUUGGGCAAAAAGGCAUCCCAUAUCUGAACACCUAUGAUGGGCGAACCAUCCGCUACCCAGACCCUCUCAUCAAGGCCAAUGACACCAUCAAGCUUGAUUUGGAGAGCAACAAGAUUGCUGACUUCAUCAAGUUUGAUGUGGGGAAUGUGGUCAUGGUGACUGGUGGAAGGAACAGGGGCCGUGUUGGUGUAAUAAAGAGCAGAGAGAAGCAGAAGGGAAGCUUCGAGACAAUUCACGUCCAGGAUGCCACAGGUCAUGAAUUUGCAACUCGUUUGAGCAAUGUGUAUACCAUUGGCAAGGGGACGAAGCCGUGGGUAUCCCUUCCCAAGGGUAAGGGAAUCAAGCUGUCCAUCAUUGAAGAAGCCAGGAAGAGGCUUGCUGCCCAAGGUGCAACCACAGCUUAAAUUCGAUAUGGUUGAAAAUAACAUUGAGAUUGUUAUUUUCAUGGUAGUCCGGACCACUUAGCUUCAUAUUUCAUGCUCUAAUUAUGUUCCCCCGUUUAUCAUGUUUGAUACCUAUAAUUUAGUUUCUAAGAUUUCUAUCUUGAACAUUAUUUGACACACUUCUUUAUGCUUGUCUGCGGUGGUUUUGGUUUUCUAUAAAAGCUCUAAAUUGGGUGUUCAUUUGA